AGGGAAAAGAAACAAAUAGAAAACCCUUCACAUUCACACAGUUGUGUAAUUCCCAUAACUUCAAGUAUUCUUAAAUUAUUAAUUGCAUUAAAUAAUUUUCCACCACUUAUUUUAAACAGUGAKGAUAAACUUCACUGUUUUUCAUUUUGAACAAUGAAUGAAGUAUUUUGAGACUCAUCUCUGUAGGAUAUGUCUUUAAAAGCUGACAUCUGAGCGGUUCAGGGUCUCAGCUGCGCCACCUGCUGGUCAGGAGGAGCCCCCCGCCCUCCUCUGACUGCAGGCUGAAUCCACACCCGCACAGUGCGGUAAAACCUCCUGACUGGGCCACAGGACCACCAUGAGUCACGACUGAAGGUCUGCAGGAUGUCUUUCAAGCACGACACAACAGCACUGAUGGUGGCGUCGUACAGUGGUCAUUAUAACUGUGUUAGAGAGCUUAUCAUGCACGGAGCAGACAUUAACUACCAGAGGAAG